GAGUGCCGGCUUAGCUUGGUUGCGGCAACACCGGGUUACAUAGGGGGAGUACGGCGUGUCCUUGGGCUCAGACGCCGGACGGUACCGGAGUUACCCAGGUUGCGGUCACCGCCGUGAGCGCAGCGUCAGAGAGGCGGCCGGUCAGGCAGUGCUGAAAAUGGGAGAUAUUGAGAAGGGCAAGAAGAUCUUUGUCCAGAAAUGUUCCCAGUGCCAUACAGUUGAAAAGGGAGGCAAGCAUAAGACUGGACCCAACCUGAAUGGCAUAUUUGGACGCAAGACUGGGCAAGCUGAGGGCUUCUCUUACACGGAUGCUAACAAAAAUAAAGGUAUCACCUGGGGUGAGGAUACUCUGAUGGAGUAUUUGGAAAAUCCAAAGAAGUACAUCCCAGGAACAAAAAUGAUUUUUGCUGGUAUUAAGAAGAAGUCUGAGAGAGCAGACUUAAUAGCAUACCUCAAAAGUGCCACAAAGUAAAAGUUAUCUGCUGCCUUAUUUAUUUCACAAGGGAGAUGGUUAUGGAAGUGUCUGUGAUGAGUUUGGUUUUUAAACUUUCUAUUUUUACAUAUACUGUGUCUAACCUUAAAAUCUGUCUCGCCCAUCAGAUGACAUGCUUAUGGUGGGUCACUGAAGUACACUCUUGGCAGCCAUUAACUUAAUGGAAACUAUGUAAUUGGGUUGAUUUAAAUGACGAUAAUGUUCAGGCAUUCUUGAUCAUAGAAUUAAAAAAAUGUAUAUA